AUGGGCAACGGCGCAAAGGCACAGCAGAAGCGCGAGCGGAACGCGAAGGACGCGAAGAAGGGUCCCACGUCGCAGCUUGCAAACAACAAGGCGGCUAUGAACCUCAAGUGCAAGAUCUGCAUGCAGCUCUUCAUGAACACCUCGCGCGCCCCCCAACUCCAGGAGCACGCCACGAACAAGCACAGCAAGGACAUCAAGGACUGCUUCCCGGAUUUCCAGGGUUGA